GCUUGGCUCAUUUCUGCUUUCAAAUAACUUUCAUACAUCAGAGCGAUCAGAGUUUAAAACACCUGCCCAGCAACUGUCGCCUUGACAACGAAAUGGCACAACUGUGAAAAAAUAUUGAUUCGUGUUGAUUACAUUUACAGCUGUUUCUAGGGUGAUGUGACGUCGUAUGUGCGGUGAGCUUGUUAUUCUUCUAAUACUAGGCUUAUUCCAAUUGUUUCAAGGAUGAGCAAAGAUAUCAAAUUUAUCAUAGCAGAGCUCAAUAAAGUUUUAGAUCGAAACUACAAUUUGAUCACCUUCGAUGCAUUGCGUUCUGAUGAUCUAUUACAAGUUCUCAGCGAUGUUUUGUCCGAAAUACAACAAGAUGGUCCCCCGCACGAUGUUAGAGUCGAAACCCCGGAACAAAACUCUGUACGCAUCUUUUCCGCCCUGAGAGUCUUGAAGUAUCAACCUCAAGGUGACCCAGCGUUAUUCAGGCACGGACUGGUGAAGGGAGAGUCCUCAACGAUACAUGCCGUUCUAAAAUGGCUUCUGUCCAACAUGGAUAUCUCACGACAAAGAGCAUAUCUGGCCCGCUUUUUGGUGAAGGUAGAAGUGCCCACAGAGUAUUCGGGUGAUCCUGAAUUGACAGGACUGUACGAUCAGUACGUGAGAUUGGUCGACGAAUUCAAAGUGAUUCACAAAGAGCGAGAAGCGGGAAAGAAGGGUGGUGAGGCUGCCGCAGAACUGAAGAAUGACCUGGAAGCGAUGCAAAAAGAGCGCGAAGUGAUUCUGGGAAGAGUGGAAAAAAUGAAACUAAGGGCUGAGAGUGCACCCCAAUUGCUUGAAGCUGCUCGGAAACUUCGAAUUGAAAGAGAUAGGGAACGUGAGCUGGCGUUGCAAAAACGCCAACAACAAGAAUCUACAGCUAUGUUGCAGGUAUCAUUGCAACGGAUGGAACGCGAGCUGCACAAUUUGAAGGAAGCUGGAGCAAGUCUUACACCCCAAAAACUGAUUCAACGUUUGUCGGAAAAAGUUACCGUGCAAACAGCCAUGUCAAGAGAUCGACUACCUGCCGAGAUAGCAGCAAAAAAGUCUCACGUCGAUGCCUUAAGGUUCGUCGCUCGCUCAGUGCACCUGGGACCAGAUGAUAUUAUUGCGUUGCGGAAUAAACUGGAUGUAACUGCUCGCGAAGUACAAACUCUAGCUGAAAACAAGGCUACUGGAGGUACAGACAAAGUGGCACCAUUCAGGCAGCAGGCAGCGGCAGUUGUUGGAAUGAAGCGAACUGUGCUGGACAAGCUGAAGAGAUCUGAAGAGACUCUAGAGGAAAUGAAUGCUCGGUUAGCCGAGCGAAGAGAGGAAGCAAGACAGCUCGCUGAAGAGCCAGCGCCGAGAGGCGACGAACUGAAGCGUUACGUCACGCACCUCAGGGCCAGGAGCACCUUAUACAAGCAACACAGAGCGGAGCUUGCUGGCCUUCGAGCAGAGGGAGGAGUCCUAAAUCGAACCCUGCGUAUAUUGGAGGCGCAACUCAGCCGCGUCCGGGUCAGUAUCAGCCCCGUGCAAAUGGGACCUGCGAAAACUUUACCCAAUGGAUUCACGGCAGAAAACGUGAUCUCAGCCAAUGCAGAACUGGCGCGGAAUAUCUCUGCAUUCAGGGCUCAACUAGUCUCGCUGCUGAACGACCUGAGACCACUAAGACAGAAGGCACAGGAAGUAGACGAGCAACACGAAAGAGCUAAAAUUAGCCAUGGCUCUGUAGAAACGAGCUUGGAGAGCUCUACAGUAGCAUUAUCAUCUGAAUUGAAUUCUCUCCGAGAUAAUAAUGAUAAGGAGAUGGAAGAAAUCAAGCAGUUGCGCAUCAACAUAUCAAAACUGAAAAUUGCUAAAGACAAAAUUCAGCAGGAGAUGAGGCGCUACGCGAGCCCCAGCAGUGGAUCAACACUAAGGGAUGAGCUCAACGAAGCAAUUCAAGCAGAGGAAAAAAAGUUUAAUUUUUUUAAGAAUGAAGAAAAAUCGCUGAAGGAUCAAUUGACUAAUUGUGAGACGCAGAUUCGUCUGUGGGGCAACUUGAUAUUGAUUUACGAGUGCAAAUGGCAGUCCGCCGAGGAAAUCAAACGCAGAGACGGGGUCGUUGUACGUGGACAAGGAGCAGAGACCUUGAUUUUACAGUAAUGCAACUAUUUGUUUGUGUUAUAGUUUUAUUACAAAAGUAGAAAUGGAUAGUUUCAAGUAGGUACAAAACUUAGAAACGAGUUUUAAACAACAUCCAAGUCAACAGUCCCAACCCGCUGAGCGUAGCAAAGUAAAAAGUGGUGCUCCUUGAGGUGCCUCCGUCCUGCAAAAAAAAAUAUUCAUCAGUUUGUUAUACGCUUAAGUGCGGUAAGAGUUGUACAUUGCCGGUAGAGUCAAAUCAAAAGUGGAGUUCCGUACCUCUAGAAACAAUUUCAGUUCUUGCAGAGCCGAUCGAGCUUCUUCGAUCUCAGAAAUAGUUGCUGCAACUGCCAAUUCCAAAGCUUGGCUACUGCGCAGAUUACCGUUUAUUUCUAUGAAAGAAUCCAUUUUUUCCUUGUUAAGACGCAAUCUGGUAUACGUAACAAACGCGUUGAUGAGUGAUAAAUGUUUACCAUUAUUUUCCAGAGAUUCUAAUAGCUGGUCUAACCUGGAAAAAUCGAAAAUUAUAUCUGUACAAGACUUGUUCGAACGCCAUUUAUCAUACAUAUUUAUUCCUAUGCAUACAUGUUUCAAAUGAAUACCGACUUUAUAUACUUUUA